AUGUUUUGGCUGAACUAUCGUCGAGGCAUCUCAGACAGUCAUGCACAUGUGUGUUAUAUGGAGGAGAGGCUUGGUUCACUAGGUGUCGACCUGCGCCACUUCCGCAACAAUCGUAUCAGCUUACGCGAAGGUGGUGCGGAUGAGCAGAUUAAGAAAGCUAUACACGAUUAUGAACAGUCGGUUCUACGAAGCGACAAGGCUCUCGAGUUUGUCACUGCAGCGCGCACAUGCUUCAUGUUUUUCGAUGGCAAUACAUCGUUCCGCUGGACAUUUGUGUCUCCACCAGCUUUAUACCGUCCGGGGAAGCGUACAGGCAACUAUCAGACGAUACUUGACGAGAUUCCUCUGAAACCAAGUAACGCAGAUGGCGAUGUUACCGAUUUAGAGAAUCGACUUCAUGGUAUUACUGCGGCAGAUCUGGCUAUUGCUAUUGCAGACGAGGCAGAGACACAAAAGUUCAUUGGAAAGCAUUGGAGCGCUUUUGCAGACAUGUCAGAUGAUACGCCUACUCCUUCAUAUGUCACCUUGGCAUGA